CCAAAUCCAAACAAGCAGAAAGAAAGGCACGAGGACCGGGCAGGAUAGGCUGACAGCUGCUCGAGACUCCGGCCGGUGACGCUACAGUACAGCAGCUCCUCUGGCUGGGCUGUUGCACAGAGGCGAUGUGGCACAAUAAGCAGCGACGGCGAAAUUCGCUGUAACGGGGAAUCUCCCCUGCAAUCGAGAGCGUUUUUUAAAAACAAGGAUUCUGAGCGGCUGCUUGAAGACUGCGGCACCUGCCGUAAAAUCCGCGAGGAGCGGACAGCUGGCAUGGAGUGGGAUGCACACUGCAGAGCUAGGUUCUCUCUUUUUAUCGCAUUGAUUUUUGUAAAUUAUCAAUAUUAGGUGCUGGUUGCAGGUUUGUAAAACAGCACCUGCUCACGAAGAGCCACUGCAGAUUGUGAGGAGGAGCACAUCUAACGGUGCGUUAGCGUGUGGAUUUUAUUGGGUAGGGUAUUAGCUGUAUAUCCGAAAAUACCACAGGUUUCUGGCCCACAGACUGUGCAGGCAGCAGGCAUGGAGCAUCUCGAACCGAAGAUUCCUUUUACUUGGCAGCUGUGAUCACCUUGGUGGCAGCCUGACGAUCUGCAUCGUACAGUGUUGGUGCAGUUGAUGUUUGCAGAGAGGCAAGGAAGCAUUUCAAGCGACAGACAAUCUGUCAGUGAACUGCAGAGUAUUAAGUUUACCAGUGUAUGCCAUGAAGUGGACUGGAUAAAGCUGGCUAAGUUCCCUGAGCUGUCGCCUACAAUCCUGAAACCAGUCGACUGACCGAUUUUAGAGCCAUGGGUACAGUCCUGUCUUUGUCGCCAAGUUACAGGAAGACCAAUCUUUUUGAGGAUGGCCCAGCCACUGUUGGGCACUAUACUGCUGUGCAGAACAGCAAGAAUGCCAAAGACAAGAACCUUAAGAGGCAUUCCAUCAUCUCUGUCCUACCUUGGAAACGAAUAGUUGCUGUUUCGACAAAAAAGAAAAAUUCCAAGAAGGUUCAACCAAACAGCAGUUACCAGAACAAUGUUACCCAUCUCAAUAAUGAAAACUUGAAAAAGUCUCUCUCCUGUGCCAACUUAUCCACUUUUGCCCAGCCUUCACAAAACCAGCCCCCAUCGAUACAGAAUGGAAACCAGAUUUCCAAUUCAAAGACUGCUGUUUCAUCUGUCAAGAAGGCUCCUAGUACUAAUUCAAAUACUUCAGGUUCCCCCAAAAGGGUAAUAGUCCAGGCCUCAACCAGUGAGCUCCUGAGGUGUUUGGGAGAAUUCCUGUGCAGGAGAUGCUAUCGCUUGAAACAUCUGUCUCCUACAGACCCUGUCCUUUGGCUCCGAAGUGUUGAUAGGUCCUUACUUCUGCAAGGGUGGCAAGAUCAAGGUUUUGUUACACCAGCCAAUGUGGUUUUCGUGUAUAUGCUUUGCAGGGAUGUUAUUUCAUCUGAGGUGGCAAAUGAACAUGAACUUCAAGCUGUCCUCCUAACGUGUCUUUAUCUGUCCUAUUCCUAUAUGGGAAAUGAGAUCUCUUACCCUCUGAAACCCUUCCUGGUAGAAAGCUGCAAAGAGGCAUUCUGGGACCGUUGCCUCUCCAUUAUCAACUUGAUGAGUGAGAAGAUGUUACAAAUUAAUGCAGAUCCCCAUUUUUUUACCCAGGUUUUUGCCGAUCUUAAAAAUGAGUGCAGUAAAGAAGAAAAGAGUCGGCUUUUGAUUGGACUUGAUCGAUGAACACUUGAGUGAUAGUGUAGCAUAUACAGAAAAUAAAAUGAAAAAUAUUUAAUUUUUUAAAAAACUCUUGAGGAAGUGUAUAUGUGUGUAUAUAUAC